AUUUUCAUUUUGUCGAUAAGCUAAAAGUAUUUUAUGUCAUUGUCAGAUUACGGGUGUCACAGAUUUUGCCCUCUCAGCCCUUGAAUCGUUGAAGGGUCAAUGCCUAGAUGAAGCGUACAACAACGUCACCCUCUACACCAAGGACUCUAACGGCAACCCAUUAGAGCCUCCCUCAGAUAUAGUAGAAAACCUGUGUCCUAACGAGUGCAGUAACCGUGGAAACUGUUCAAACAGCACUUGUAUAUGCGAAGAGGGGUUUACUUUAUCAGACUGCUCCAUGCCUAUAAAUGCAGUACCAGAACUUCUUGGAGUGAACGAGGUAGGCCUGUGCGAUGUUCGAGAAGAGUCUUGCAACAACACAAGAAUUAUUGGUGAUGGCUUCAUAGCCUCGGAGAACCUCACAUGUCAUGCUACUGAGUUUAAGGUGUUUGGCAAUAAUUGGUCACCAAACGCUGAACAGUUUGAGCUCCCGGGAGAACAGUUUGAUCUAUAUGUGGUAAGAUGUGACUUACCAAGCCCACCUACGAAGAUAGGGGACAUGGAUAACCCUGGGACUCCGGCAGGAGGCUUGAGAAUCAGAAUAUCGAACAACAAGCUCGAUACGAGCCGAGAGCAGAAGACAUUUGUCUCUUAUGAUUCCGUGUGCAUUAAGUGCAACAAGACUGGAUCAUGCGGACUCAGGGCUGACUCGUGCAUUAUAAAUGGUCAUUGCUUUGCAAACGAGGAACCAAAUCCUAAAGAUUGGUGCCAACAGUGCUUUCCUACGACCAGUCAAUUCACAUGGAAUCGUCGAAGGGUCAACUCCAAUCCCAUUUUCACCACACCACCAGUCCAGUUUGCUUUAGUGGACGAGAUGCUGGUUCUACAUAUACAUGCCCGGGACCCAGAGAAUCGUACAGUGACCUAUUCCAUUAGAAGUACCGACGCGCAGGGAUACUCGUUCACCUUAGACGGACAACUGAAUUAUACCAUGACUUCCCUCAGCAAGACCUUCACAUUUGUAGCAACAGAUGAAUGUAACGCCAGUGACACGAUGACCCUCAACUUAAGAGUGAUGGAGUGUCCGUGCAGAAACCGGGGUAGCUGUUAUCCCCACCCUUACUACCCACGGGGAUCUGGCCAGUACGAGUGCGCCUGCCCUGUAGGGUUUAAUGGAAGUCGAUGUGAAGUGAACAUUAAUGACUGCGAAUCUAACACUUGUGUUAACGGCACAUGUCUUGAUGGUGUGGCUAACUACACUUGCCUGUGCGACGUUGGCUUCAAGGGCCAGCUGUGCAAUGAGAAGGUCUCAAACUGUUCUGACGACGCUUGUUACCCUGGAGUCAACUGUACCGAUAUAUCAGGCUGUAUCGCAUGUGGUCCGUGUCCUGUUGGGCUUACUGGAAAUGGAAAGUCGUGCGUUACUCCAACUACAACCAGACGUCCAACCACAACCAAACCGUCGACAUCACAGUCAACCUCCAAAGCGAUUUCUACGAGAAAGCAACAAGAAUCGACCUUUAAGGAUCAGACUACAACUCCUACCUCAGAGCCCAACUCGAUUGUACCACGGCCAGCAAAAGACAAUCCACAAAAGACAUCUAAGACCAAAGUGAUAGUGAUUGCUGUUUCUGGGUCGGUCGCAGCGGUUAUCAUCAUUACCGCUGCCUCUCUGUUAUGCCGGCGCAAGUAUGUGUACCACGUGAAAAAGAGAACGCAAGUUCAUGAUUCCCAAGAAAUAAAGCAGGCCGAUCGUCACGCAUAUGAAAAUCCGGACUACCAAGAAAUAACCGAGCACACGUAUGAAAGAGCCAACAAGGUCUCCACAGCCGCCUACGAGAACAUCGCGCUUGACACUGUGCCAAAUUUUGAUGUCCCGGAUAAGGGCGUCGACCCGCACCAGGAGCUCAAAGCCUUAAAGGAGACGUAUCAGCCACUCGAGCACAAACCUGUGCUGCCGCCCAUCCCAAGUAAGAACCCGGAGAAACCCCACGAAAAUGACUAUGAAUAGGUUGAAAAGGUUUACGAUAAAGCCUUCAAGAGCUAGCUAAACCAGGUAAGUGUAAGGAGAUGGAAUGGCAACUGCAUAAAUCAAACGAUUUCACCCAUUCUAUGUUCGUUUCGCUUCGUUAAUUAGAGUUUUCGAAAAUGUUUUAGAUUUUUGUGCAUUGCUCGUUGAAGGUUGUUAUUUUACACAGAUAACAAAAUAGGUCGAUGGCAAUAUACCUGAAGCUUCUACAUCUAAAAAAUGGGUUUGCUAGAGUUAGUUUUCACGGCAGAAUAUGUACCGCUGCUUGUAGUGUGAGUUUCCCUUCGAUAGACUUUGUUGUUGUGCGGCCGGGCCCUACAGAGCAUCAAAAUCUGUUUAUUGCUCGUUGAAUUUCGAUAUUCUACACACAAAUAACAAAAUAGGACGAUGCGAACGAUCUGAAAAUCGAGGCUUGCUAGAGAUAGUGUUCACGGCAAAAUGUGUACCGAUGCUUGUAAUGAAAGGCACAAAACAAACAUUUCAAACAGCGGUAGCAAAUCAGAUUGCGCCAUUCGCCUUUAAUACAUUCAGUAGCGAUUCCAUCUACUUACCCUUCCCUUGCUAAACUAAGUAGAGCUACACGUUUGUUAGGAAUUGUAGAGAUCACUUGCGUGAUUGAUAAUACCUUGGGAUGGCUCUUUUGUUCUGUUUUGUUAAUCAGCUUAUUUCAUUUACAAAAUAAAAAACACGAACCGUAAUAAAACAAACGGAAAUAGAGGAAAUAGACGAGAAAAGACAAUAUAGUAUCCUAAAAAAUAUUAUAUCCCUUCACUAGGCCAGCAUAACAAAACAGAAUGAAUCAAAUCGCAGGUGUUUAAAGUGGGCGCAAGAUCGGAUCUUUUAAAUGUGAUAUAUUUUUUUUCAUAUAAUAGUGUGUUUUCCUGAUAUACCAACUCUCUUUAUAACGCGUGCCUUUAUGUAUAAACCAUUAAAAAAAAACAAGUGCAAAUAGUGCAUAGCAAAUGGAAAAUAGAAGUUAAGGACCAACUACGGAUUAUGGCUUAUUAUAUGCAGUAAACUAAUCCAUGAUAAUUUUCUAUGCACAACUGCCACUCGCAAUUAAAAUGCAUUUUUGAAAUACAAAAAAAAACUAUAUAUCGCAUAUAUCACAUUAAAUAUUUUUGGUUUGUAGUGCUAGAGACGCCAAGCUCGUGCUGAUUUCCUAGCAUAACGGCUUGCAUGACAGGUUUUGUGUGUGUGAUUGAAAAUACAAUCAAAUUUACUGGUUGCUCAGAAAAAUUCUCGAUUUACGGCUGAUCUAUAGCAAUCUGAUCCAGAUUUGGCCAAAUGGAAUCGGCUACAAUGAAGCAAUCGAUAUAUUUACCUAGACAUUUUGAUUUUUUAAACUUGUUAUACUGCUUAAGCAUGUAUUCUUUUUUUGUGUGUGCAUGUGUGUAACUUACGGCUUGUGUGAGCUUGUAAUCCACAUCAGUCACCUAUAUUAAUUCUUGCUCUUAAUAUGCAAUGAUUUGAUACAGUGUGAUGUGAUGUGAUCUGAUUUGUGAAAUGAUUCCAGCACCAAUCUGAAGAAAUAAACAACUAUUUGAUACUA